GACCCGGGGCCCGCUCCCGUCCGGCCGCGUCGGGCGCGCGGGGAUUAUUUCGGUCCCCGCGAGCUCGUUGCGAAACGGCGCGGUCGUUUGCGCCUCGGCGGAGAGUCGACAUUCUCUCGCCGACGGCGUCACGGCCUCCGCGCCGUUGCGCCAUUUCGGAGAUCGGAUCGUCCGUGAGAGCGAGGCGAGGGCAGGGCGGCAGGCUGCGGCGACAGCGAUCCGCAGCGCGGCGGCCGAGCGUGACCGCGGCGACCCGUGUUUACAGUUCUUGCGCCCUUUGUGCGGCUCGGGGCCUCGGCCGCCGCUCGCCGCUCGCCUGGCGCUCGCGAGACGGCCGAGUGAGCUAUGGCCGGCCGCACGCCGUGCCUACACACCACAUAUAGCUAACGUGCGCGCUACACACGUAUAGUGCAGCGAAGGCUGCGACUACGUACCUACUCAAACAAAGCAUUUGCCCACGAAUCCAUAACGCGAACCCGACACACGGUUACGGUUCGCGUUCUUUGUGAACCAGUGCGCUGCCGACCACUGUUUACGUCGAGUUGGGAAUUUAUGACUUUCCAAACAUCUGUGUUUGUCAAUUGUUCAAUUCAAGUGUGCAUUUUGAGGUUAGGUCGUGAUUUGUGCCAAAAGUGUGUUGAGAGUGUGGUGGAGCAGACAAUGGGAGCUGCAGUGCUGCAGUAUUGAUUGUAGUGUAGUGUGGAGCCCACAAUGUGUGCAGUGUGGUGAGCAGGUCGCGUCGGAGCCCCUCGCGCGAGGAGUGUGACCUUUCAAUGCAGCAGUUGGAAGUUAACUGGGAGGAGGGCGAGGAGAAGCCGAAGGCGGCGGAGAGCCAGGAUGACGGCUACGAGACGAGCAACAGCGGCGAGGCGCGCCGCAAGCCCUCCAGCGCCGAGGCGUCGCCCGCGCCGCCGCCGCCGACGCCGCCCGCCGACGCGCCCGAGCCCUACGCCUUCCCCGAGCCCUACCGGCACUUCGAGCCGCCGCCGCCGCAGCCGCCCCCGCCGCCGCCCACGCCGCCGCAGGCGCGCGAGCCCGAGCCCUACCAGCACUUCCCCUUCCCCAAGUACCCCCAGGACCCUUAUGCGUUCAAACGGGAACCCGAUGCGCCUUACGACAUGAGCCAGCACCACCACCCCCACCAGCACCAGCUGCACCAGCAGCACCACCCGCACCAGUACGCGCCCAAGCGCGAGGAGGACCUGUACAACGGCGUGAAGCGGGAGUGCGACGACCCCUACUCGUUCGUGGAGGAGGAGGCGAUGUGCGCGAUGCUGGGGCAGCAGCAGCACCACCUGCCGCCGCACAUGCAGCACCACGAACACCAGCACCCGCAUAUGCAGAUGCACCCGCAGCAGAUGAUGCUCAACCAACCCAAAAAGAGGGGCAGAAAGAAAAAGAUCAAAGAUGAAAAUGGCAUGGAGAUUAAGGUGGAGGGCGUGAUGGACGGGCUGCCGCGGCCGGUGAAGGAGCGCAAGAAGCACGACCGCUUCAACGGCAUGAGCGAGGAGGAGGUGUCGCGCCGCACGCUGCCCGACCACCUCGCCGAGAACCUCGACAUCAUCAUUAUCGGCAUCAACCCGGGGCUGUUCGCGGCGUACAAGGGCCACCACUACGCGGGCCCGGGGAACCACUUCUGGAAGUGCCUCUACCUCUCCGGCCUCACCCGCGAGCAGAUGAGCGCGGACGAGGACUACAAGCUGUUAAACUUCGGGAUCGGCUUCACGAACAUGGUCUCCCGGCCCACGAAGGGCUCCGCCGACCUGACGCGGCGCGAGAUCAAGGAGGGCUCGGCCGUGCUGCUGGAGAAGCUGCAGACCUUCCGCCCCAAGGUGGCCGUGUUCAACGGCAAGCUCAUCUACGAGGUGUUCUCCGGCAAGAAGGACUUCUGCUUCGGCAAGCAGCCCGACACCAUCGCGGGCACCAACACUUACAUGUGGGUGAUGCCGUCGUCGUCGGCGCGCUGCGCGCAGCUGCCGCGCGCCGCGGACAAGGUGCCGUUCUACGCGGCGCUCAAGAAGUUCCGCGACUACCUCAACGGCUUGCUGCCCCACGUGGACGAGGCGGAGCUGGUCUUCCCCGACACCACGGGCCGCCGGCCGCACGAGGAGAUGGAGAUCCGGAGGGAGUCUACUUUCAGGCUGACGAUGGAGCCCGAGCCGGGAGACACCAUCAUCCUCGAGGACGGCACCGAGGUUCCGCUCAAGAAGAAGCGCGGCCGCCCCAAGAAGGUGAAGCUGGAGAACGGCGAGGUGGCGCCGCCCACACCCCGCGCGCCUCGCGCGCCGCGCCCGCCCCCCACCCUGGACCCCAACGGGGAAAAUCCCCCCAAGAAAAAGAGGGGGAGACCUAAGAAGAUAAGGCCUGAGGAGCAACAGUUCCUGCUGCAGCAGCAGCAGCAACAGCAGCAACAACAACAACAGCAGCAGCAGCAACAGCAACAGCAGCAGUCGAACGCGAUGCUGCAGCCGGCGCUGUCGUCGCUGUCGCUGCCGCACGAGCAGUUCCUGCACGGCGAGUUCCCGCAGAUGGCGUCGCCGCUGGGCGGCGGCGUCAUGUACGGCGUGCAGCACCCGCACCAGCAGCCGCAGCACCUGCCCGACGCCGAGCCCUACUACCAGCCCAACAACGGCGGCGGGCUGGAGGCGCCGCUGGAGGUGGGCGGCGCGCUGGGGCUGUCGCGCGGCUACGCGUCGCCGGGCGGCUACGCGGCGUCGCCGCGCCACUACGCGUCGCCGCGCUCGCAGCCCUACUCGCCGGGCCCGCAGCGCCUGUCCAGCACGCCGCAGCCGCAGCAGUUUCCGUCGAGUCCGGCGCCGUUCUCCGCGCCGUCGCCGCCGCGGCCGGGCUACGGGUCGCCGGGGGUGGGCGGCGUGGGCGGCGUGAGCGGCGGCGUGGGGCGCGGGUUCGCGGCGCGCUCGCCGCUGUACGCCAGCAGCCCGGCCGCCUACCGCCAGCAGCCCAGCCCGGCCGCGCAGCCGCAGCCGCGCUUCUCGCACGAGGGCCUGUCCUUCGCGAGAGACUCACAGGGUUCCAACAGCGGGUUCGCGCGCUCGCCCGCGCCGGCGGGCGUGGGCAGCGUGGGCGGCGGCAGCACGCCCUUCCCCGCCGCGUCGCCCGCGGGCGCCGGUGCGCUGCACUCGUACACGCCGUCGCCCGCGCACACGCCCUACAGCCACCACUCGUCGCCCGCGCCCGCGCCGCUCACCCCCGCCGCCUACACCGACUCGCACCACUUCACGCAGGUUUGUGAUACGAGCGGCACGUCGGGCUCGAGCGGCGGCGGCGGCGGCGGCGCGUUCGGCGCGGAGCUGUCGAGCGAGAUCGGCGCCGCCAUCUCGUCGCCCGGGCCCGUGUCGCCCGGCAUGGCGGCGCUGGACUUCGAGCCGCCGCGCGACGACCACAGCCCCAUGGGCAGCACCGACAUGCAUCCCGGCAGCAACAGCAACUCCUCGCUCUCCGACUACAAUAAGCAAAGCAACCCCGGCGGCGCGGAGCUGUCCCCGGCGGGCGGCGGCGGCGGGGCGGGCGGCGCGGGCGCGUUCGGCGCGGCGCUGUUCGGCGACGCGGAGCGGAUGCGGUACAGCGCCGAACACUACCCGCAAGACCAAGGAAAUGGCGUGGGAGACAGUCCACGGUUAGAUCAACUACACCCCUCUAUGUAUCCUAGCAAUUAUAAUAGGUCAACGCCCACGGGCGAAAGCGAGUCGGGGUUCGCGCGCGGCCCCUUCCGCGCCGUGCCCACGCCCGAGCACCACCACCCGCCGCCCGGAUCGCCGAGCGAGUACGGCAGCGCGGGCGGCGGGGACUCGGGCCCCGGCACGCCCAAGAGCAAGUCCCAAGACGUAGCAUCCAAGUCCCUCUCCGGCCUCGAGUCCCUCGUCGACCAGAUCCCGUCCAUCGCGGAGGGCGGCGCGACGAGCGGCGGCGUGGCGGGCAGCGUGGCGGGGGCGGGCGGCGCGGGGGAGGGCGCGCCCCCCGUGCCCGCGCUGCCCGACUACACCCCCGCCCUGUAUCCGCCCUACCCGGCGUACGGCGCGCCCGCCUAUGGAAACAACGGGUACGGCGGACCGUUCGUGGGCUACGGCGGCGGCUGGGGCACGCAGCUGAUGCGGCCGGCGCCGGGCUACCUGCCCGACUGGCAGUACGGCUACGCGCCCGGCGUGCCGCCCGCCUACGCGCCCUACAACUCCUACUACAACGGCUACGCGGGGCCGCCGCCCGCGCACCACCAGCAGACGCACUACCUGUCGGCGCCGCAGCUCAUCGACCUGCACAAGAACGGCGAGCACGCGGGCGGCGUGCCGGCCGUGCCCGCCGUGCCGUCCGUGCCCUCCGUCGGCUUCGGCGGCUUCUGUUAGCCGCGCGUGAAUCUCCCGCGCCCGCGCCCGCGCCCGCCGCCCGACCUAGUGAUGUAAUUUAAUCUUUUUCAAACUGAUGAGCUUAAUUUUUAGGAUUUAUUUGUAAAUAUUGUAUGUAUUUAUUUCGGUCAAUCACACGUUUAAGCGAGUCGCCGGACGCCGCGAUCGCUCGUCGCGCGCGGUCGCUCGCGCGCGGGUGCGGGGCGGGGGGCGGGGGGCGACUCUACGUACUUAAUUUAUUUGGAAUGUCUGUGAUUUUUGUAGUUUUCUAUCGAACGCUGCGCGCGCUCCGCGGUCGGGUGAAACCUUUUCAUUCUAUAUUUUCGAUGCGAACUUUUAAAAGGUCGAGCCUCAGAGGAAAAAAAAACGUCUUGCCAAUGAUAUGUUUCGUGUUCUAGUCACUUACUAAUUCGUGUCGGCUAGUCAAAAAAAAAAAAUGAUCCCGCCCCCCGCGGCUCCCGCGAGCGAUCGUGCGGACAAUUUGUUUUUAUCUAAGUCACAGGAGCGGCCUACAUGAUGUGUAAUGUACACUUUUAUUUAGAUUUAGUUACGUGUUACGUGGAGUCGGUUACGCUGUUUACGAAUCGAGUUAAGCAUUUUACAGUAUAUGUACUUAUUUUUACUGCGCGGCGGCGAGCUCCGGCGCCGCGCGGGCGGCGGCGGGGCGCGCGUCAACUUAGCUCAAUUAUACAAAUACGAAGGUUCCUGUAGAUAGUCUCGCGCGGCGCCGCGCGGCCGGGGCUCGCUCGCCGCGCUUCGACUUAAUGUUACCGAAUGAGUUACAUAGCUUCGGAUCGCUAGUGACUAGCAUAAUUUUACAUAAUAUUGUAAUCUAUUUUUUAUUAAUCGUGCGCCAUCUUAUCUUAAGGCUCCUCGUUACGCCCCUGAGUUAAGAGUUAAUUUAACGUUUAAAUGCAUAAUAUUUACACCGGGUGCUGAAGGUUCGAUUGUUUCGUUGUACGUUUGCCAUUCGGCGGGCGCUCGUCGCUCGGCCGUGUUUUAUUUUUGUAAGUCUUUAGUAUGUUGUUGAUGUUUUUAUUUUUAUGUCGACGGGCGACGGCCCAGUGUCGUCGGGAACGUCUUGUUGCGACGUCGCACUCGCUCGGCGAGCAGCGCGCUCUGCGUUCGAGCAAUCCUCGCGCUGCAGCCGAGCCGUCGAACAUUUCGGUUGAAUUAUUUUCAUUGCACAAACGAUUAAAAAAUUAAAUGUAAGGUAAAAACGAAAUAACAUACGUAAGAAAGACAUAUACGUUAAUGAUAGGUUUACUCGAAAGAAUUUAUAUAUAUUAUAGUGAUGUGAAGUGUACGAAGUGAGGUCGGCUCGUGCUGAGCGCGGAUAGUGCAGCGAUCACUCACAUCCAACCUAGUCGUAGGAAUGUCUCCAACGCUGAAAACGCAUUUCCUCAAUAACAACACCGCAUGCUGCAUACGUUACGUCACACGACAUGGGAGGUGUCUCCCGGUGCGUACGAGAAGACUAUAUUUUGUAUUGCUAAAGCGAAAAGGGAAGUUUGAAAUAUUAGAGUGUGACGUAAUUUAUGAAUGAAUCCUUUUGUUAUUUGCGUACUGACUUCUUUUUGUUCAAUUUACAUGAGGUGGAUCUCCGUUGUUACUCUGUAAAUGCGUCAAAAAAAUUUGAAUGGAAGUUAUAAUUAAGCAUGAAAACAUAAUCCUUCAUAACGACUAAAUUAUACAUUUGUUGCAAAUGCCAUUUCGUGCAAGAAUUUCAAGUGUAAAAGUGAAGGUGUUCGCAACAAGUCUAUAGUUCGAUCGUGACAGGAUUUGCAUUUUAAAAUUGUAGUAUUAAAAUUGAUGUAAAGUUCCGACUGAUCCUUUUAACACCUACCGACUUGCACUAAUGCCAUAUUGAUGCAAGUAGGGUGUUGUGGGGCGGAGUAAAAUACCCAGCUACAAGGGUUUUAAACUCGUUGUCAGUGAAUGCAGGGAGGGAUGUGUGCGUGGUAGACUGCUGCAGAGUGCUAUGGUAGGUUGUAACUGAACACGGCAGUAGGCGUCGGUGGAGAUCGCAUCGUUGCACUAUGUAUUUUAAACGCGUUUUUUAAUUUAUUUAUUUUGUCGUCAUUCAGGUGGGAUUUGAUAAGUUUUUGAAAUGAAAUCAACAGGGUAUUUAAGAUUGCGUAAGAGAUAUUAUUUUAUAUUUAUUAUUAUUUAGCGCGUGCGUGCGCGUCUCGUUAGUGUUAUUUAGGGAAGCGUCCGCGCAGUGCAGACCCGUGUGUGGAUGGAGUCGCUAGUCGCACUUCGGAUACGUUUUUGUACGAAUUUGAUUCGUGCGAAUACGCGCGAACAAUGUCGACCUUUCAAGUACUAUGUUAGCGCGCAGACUGAGUGCAAAUAUAUGACUAAUCGCAUCCAGUCUGUCCGCACGCAUAAAACGCACCCAAAGUGCGAGUAAGCGUGUCGGCCACGGUCCGGCAACGGGCCGGGCACUGCGCGGACGAGCUGUACUGAUGUUGUUUGCGACUUCCACGUGUUCGCUCCGCCCUGACACUCGCCUAUAAUAAUCAAUUCCAUUCAUUCGAAACGAGUAUGAAUCUAAUUCAAAACUUGCACUUGCAAUAUUUUCACAUUAAAAUGUUGCAAGUGAAGUUUUCUAAACGACAAAGAAUUGAUUCCAAUAUCUUUGCAAAUAACUGGUUAGAUGGUGUUUAGAGAAACCGAACUACUUAAGUUAUAAAACCCGAAUAGUUGUAUUACUAUUGUAUUCAAAUACUAACCCGGCGCGAUUUUGUAGCUCCUGCUAACUUCACUCACAACUAUAAUACGCGACAGGUUGAAAUGGCAAUCGGGGAGGUAACGCCCCGCACACCCGCACAGCCCCCGCGUUGACUCGAUGCGGGUGACGUGCGGGUGUGCAGGGCGUCUGAUUGCCAUCUCAACCUCAGCAUUAUAAUUAUUGUUAGUGAAGCAAGAGGUGUCUAGCUGGGCAGUUUACUAUUUGAAUAGAAUAAUAUAGUUAGAAGAUC